AUGAUGAGCAGCAGAUGUUCUUCACCCUGUGAGGUGACCUGCCCACAGCCCUAUGCCAGCGUCUGCAGCCAGCCCUGCGUCACCUCCUGUGGGGACUCCCGUGCUGUCAUCUAUCCCCCACCCGUGCUCAUCAACUUCCCAGGCCCCAUCCUCAACUCCUGCCCGCAAGAGAGCGUCGUGGGCACCUCGUUUCCAUCACCUAUUAUGGGCUCCAGUGAAUCAGGGGGCUCCUUUGGUUCUGGUGGCUCCUAUGGAGGAGGCAGCUCCUAUGGAGGAGGCAUAGGGGGUUCCUAUGGAGGAGGCAGCUCCUAUGGAGGAGGCAUGGGGGGUUCCUAUGGAGGAGGCAGCUCCUAUGGAGGGGGUAUGGGGAGCUCCUGUGGUGGGGGCAGGUCGUUUGGCUCCGGGGGCUCAUUCGGAGGCAGAAGAUCCAUCACCUCCAGGAGCUGCUAUGGAGGUGGCUUUGGAGGAGGCAGCUCCUACGGUGGGGGCUCCUUUGGGGGUGGGCGCUCCUCUGGCAUAGCAAGCUGCUAUGGAGGCAGCGGCUCCUCUGGGUUCCGCAGGUCUAGUGGGGGAGGCUGUGGUUACUUCUGA